AACCGUUGAUAACCCAAAUUGGGAAGGUUAUCGAUUGCAACUUAUGCUUGGCAAGUUGCUCACUUUGCCCUACUACCACCAUCUCUGCAAUCGUUUGUGUCUUAGCUUUUGAACACCAUGGAUAUUACUGCAAUAGCAAAGGAAUUCACUAAGUUCUACUACGAACAAUUCGCAGGAGGCCGGCAGAACCUGGCCCCUUUAUAUCGGCCGCACUCCAUGUUGACAUGGGAGGGAAAACCGUUCCAGGGUGGAGCUAACAUCGUGCAGCAUCUGACCGAACUGCCUUUUGAAAAGGUUGCCCACAAGAUCAGCACAUUUGACGCGCAGCCGUCCUCCCUUGACAUGAGCACUCUCUUGAUAAACGUGACAGGGCUGCUAAGGGUGGACGGAGACCAAGAGUUGCAGUUCUCCCAGGUGUUUGUGCUGGCAAAGGAGGGCGAAUCAUUCUAUGUGCUCAAUGAUAUGUUCCGGCUCAACCUCGGCUGAAGUGCUGUAGCACAGCAUAUUGUAAAUCUGGUAGAUGAGACAAAGAUCCCCGGAAGUGUAAUGGAGGACGGAAGCUUCUGUCGUUUGUACCUCAUAGCUUAUUCCAUCGAAAGUAGAUCAGACUGUUAGUUUUAAAGAUCGUCGUGUCGAACAA